GUCGAAUAUGACAUGGAAAAGAUGACGAAUUUUGGCAGAGACUUAUUUAUAGACUAAUACACUUGAAACACAUAUCCACACUUAAAACUGCAGACAAUACUAGUGCCUCACCCGCGAUCAAACCGAUAUAAUAAAAAGAAACGCAGCCUAACGUGAUCAGAAAUCUUAACUACCAAGGUAGUCGCAGCAAUAAAGAAUUGAGUGCGUGCGUGUUCACGCGAAGGGGGAAAACACCGGAAAUACAUUUUUUUUUGCGGAAAGAGUAGUGUGCUGAAUUUUGGAUCAGUUAUCUAAUGUUUUCUCUUUAUUCGUGUUUUUGACAUAUCCUGCUUAUUUGGUGGAACGAUGUCGGUUGUACCUCCCAACCGACCUUCAACCGGUUGGCCACGCCGUGGACUGAACCAGUUCGAAAACAAAUACAUCAGCCCGCCUUCCAAACCUGUCACGCUGGAGAGAACCAUCAACUUAUACCCCCUCACGAAUUACACGUUUGGCACAAAGGAACCUCUCUACGAGAAGGAUAGCUCGGUAGCGGCUCGGUUCCAGAGGAUGCGCGAGGAGUUCGAAAAAGUAGGCAUGAGGCGGGCAGUGGAGGGUGUUCUGAUCGUACACGAGCACAGGCUACCACACGUUCUACUGCUGCAGUUGGGGACAACCUUUUUCAAACUUCCUGGUGGAGAAUUGAAUGCAGGGGAGGACGAAGUGGAUGGACUGAAGCGAUUGAUGACAGAGAUCCUGGGGCGUCAGGAUGGAGUGAAGCAGGACUGGGUGAUCGAUGACUCUAUUGGAAACUGGUGGAGACCCAACUUUGAGCCCCCACAGUACCCCUACAUCCCAGCACACAUUACCAAACCCAAAGAGCACAAGAAGCUCUUUUUGGUUCAGUUGCAGGAAAAAGCACUGUUUGCAGUGCCCAAGAACUAUAAGCUGGUGGCUGCCCCUCUCUUUGAGCUGUAUGACAAUGCCCCAGGCUACGGGCCAAUCAUAUCCAGUCUCCCACAACUGCUGAGUAGGUUCAACUUCAUAUACAAUUAAAUCCUACUACUUGAAUGUGGCGACACAAGGACUGUCUCUGUGAGUUCAGCCUGGGCAGAAGAGAAUGGGCAAGCAGGAUUUCACUACACUUCUCUUAAAACAGAGUCCCCAGUGAUACUACACAUUUAAAUAUUGAUCUGGAUGUUGUUUAGAAAAUAAGAGAAUGUAUUAAUCUUUCUGUGUCAACUUUUACAGAACUAUUACUUUGUGACAUGAAACAUUUUGUAGUCACACAAGUAUUGAUUUUCUAUGUUUGUAGAUGGGAGUUGACUGUUUUUAGAACAGUGAUUGUUUUUUAAAAAUCAUUGUAACAUACUACUUUGUCAUCUUUCAUUACUUUUUAAGGAAUUAUCUUUUAUUUUCAAUUAAAGAUGGCUUUAAAACAUAA